CGGGCCCUCAGCUUCUGGAUAUCCACCGAUGAAGAAAGGAUGAAACACGAACCAUGUUCGUUUGACCAAUAAUAAUGAAGCGAGUUGCUGAGACGAGAGAAUAUGGAUAUGUGCCAUCAAAAGUAUGCUAUCAUCGUCCAAUUCUCAUACCCAUUUGUUAACCUCCCUCAUCCAAAUGGCGGUACAUAUUGCCAUGGGUCGGCUAUUUCAUGACCCUUUCAAUACACAGGAACAAAAAGGCCCAUCGCGAACAAUUCUUUUCUUGCCGUAAUUCUUAAAUGUCCACCACGACAGCACUCUGAUGGCUUCAAUUGUCUUCUCUUCCUCAUGACUUCUAUCGAAGAAACCCAUCGAGCCCUGCACGAAACCUUCUCCUCACGAAUAACCCUCCCCAUUGCAUGGCGCCAGCACCAACUCCUCCAGCUCGCGAGGAUGUUCCAGGAGGGCCACAAACUCCUAGCCUCCGCCUUGAAUGCGGACCUCGGACGACCGACGCUCGAGUCGUACUUUACCGAGAUCAACACCGCCGUGGACAGAUCUCUCAAGGCAGCAAGGGACCUACCACGAUGGGCAGCAGAGCACGACGUCGAGGUCGACGAAGAUCUGUUUCGCCCUUGGAACCCCAGAAUACGGAGGGAGCCUAAAGGAGUGGGACUAAUCAUUUCACCGUGGAACUUUCCCUUCUUCCUCGCUACGAUGCCUAUCAUCGGGGCUCUUGCAGCAGGGUGUUGUUGGGUCCUCAAACCGUCAGAAUUGGCACCAAAUUGCGCGAGUGCGUUAGGGGACCUUGUAGGAAGGUAUUUGGAUCAGAGAGCUUGUAGGGUCGUCCAAGGCGGAGUGGAACAGACAACGGCUCUACUGGACCUCAGAUGGGAUCACAUUUUCUACACGGGAAACGCAACCAUCGCUCGGUCCAUAUCUCACAAGGCCGCUCAGCACCUCACACCCACGACCCUCGAACUAGGCGGGAAAUGUCCGGUCCUUCUAGACCCAAAGUCGACGUGUAAUAUGGACCUGGCGGCGAAGAGGAUCUUGUUUGGAAAAUGCCAAAACUCCGGACAGAUAUGUGUGUCCCCCGAUUACCUCGUCAUACCGACAUACGACGACCCCGGGGUGCUUCCGCGCGUCGUCGAGUCGUUCAAGCGGGCGUACGACUCGUUUUAUCCUUCCUCCGGCGGGGCGCUAGCCCAUCCAGAAUCCCUCUCGAGGAUCGGCUCGCUCAGACAUUUCACCCGGCUGGCGUCUCUGCUCACGCAUACCAAGGGGCGUGUGGUCCUCGGGGGUCACGCGGACCUUUUGAGUCUGAGAAUCCAGCCGACGGUGGUGGUGGGGGUGGGGGAAGAUGACGUGCUGAUGGGCGAAGAGAUCUUCGGGCCGGUUUUGCCGGUGCUGGAGGUGGGGAGUUGGGAGGAGGCUGUUAGGGUUGUGAGGAGGGUGGGGACACCGUUGGUGACGUAUGUGUUUUCGGAGGAUGAGGGAGUCAAGGCGAUAUUGAGAGAACGCACGAGAAGCGGGAGUCUUGUGUUUAACUGCACGUUCUUGCAGAUGGCUGUGUAUGAGCUGCCGUAUGGAGGAGUUGGAGAAUCGGGAUCUGGGAGGAGUAAUAAAGCGUGUAUGGAAGAGUUCUCCUAUGUCCGCUCCCAGAUUGACGUUCCUAUGGCAAUGGAAUCACAUCUAGAGAUAUUUUAUCCACCGUAUUCGGAGGAGGCGACGCGCGCGGUGGCUAGGAUGGGUAUUGAGGUGGCUCUUCCGGAGAGUUCACCAGAACACGGAAUUGUUGAUGGUAAGGUAUGCGUGAAAGGAUAGGGUGGUGACGAUAUUUUAUUUCGGCCCCCCUUAGUAAUAUUCUAAUGAUUUUUUAUUUCAUACGUGCUUUGGAUGAAGAGUAUUUUGAAAGUUUAUAUCACUAAUUACCAUGUUAUAUGUUCCAUCUGAUUUCUUUGUUCGUCUAUUAAUAAGCUACGUUCAAUGGAUUGUAUUACCAG